AUGUUCAAGAAGGAGGACUAUUCUGCCUCUGGUAAGAAAGUGGCUCCCACAUUUGGAAAUUGUACUUCAUUCUGCCACAAAUACUUUUUAAAAAAGAAUACCGUAACAAAAAUAUAUAGUACUUGUUUGAAACAUUUUAUUGGCUUGUAUGUAUAAGUUACAAUGUAAAAUAUAUUUUUUCUAAAAGCUAUACAAAAUGUGUGCAUUAAUCAAAUGUAUUCUUUCUUUCAAAAGGCUACAUUGACACAUUGCAGAGACUCCUGUUUGAGGAGGUGGUCCAAAACCCCAGACACUUCCAGGCUCUGCUGGCACAGGUGGAGGUGCCGGACAAUCUCUGCUCCAGCUACGCCAGGCCAGAGAAAAGUGUUGUGGUGGUAAGACACAGGUCCAGGUUCAGCGGCGGUGAGGGGCAAUGAAGCCAGUGUAGUUUCCUGUCACAUCAGGGAACACUGCACAGAUCCUGAGGACCAUGCAGGAUGGCAUGACGACACUAAUCCGCAUUCCGAAAUACUGCCAACACCAGCCAACAAAACUGCGAUAUGCAGUAUGUCUGUAACGUCUGUAAAUAGAGAAAACAUGAAGCAAUUACUUUUUCGUAUUGUUGUGCUUGCUGCUGUCAUUACAUUUUCUGAAACAUGCUGCCUGACUCUGUACUCACUCAUUUAUUUUAGUCUGCUGCUCCACUGUCUGUCCAUGUACUAGGCAUGCUGCAGCACCCAUCACGCCAAACAGACUUCGAUAAAUCCAGGGUCAUGCAUUGGACAGGGUCUUGUAACUCGGGGUCCUCUCAUUUCUCCAUGACCUGUAUAACAAUAAAUGUUUUGCAUUAGUGUAUUAGGCCUAAAUAAGGAUGACUAUGGGACAUGUAUAGCUUGGUAACCCAUAGGCAACACAUAACACAUGGUCACUGGAACUAAUCAGUCCUAGUCAAGAUACUGAAACCUACCUGAGGCACAUUUCUACAUCAGAUGUUUUCCUCAGCUGUUGGCAUGUUUUAGCAGUGGCCACCACAAGAACACCUAUGGGUAAAACAUUUUUAUUAGCAAGUAGCAGAUCACUGCCGCUAAUGAAGUAAUCUCCAUUCAUUCUAAACAGUGGCUUCGAAAUACACUGGCAUGGAUAGAAUAAGCAAAUAGCUAGCUAGCUAAGAAGCACAUACAAUGAGGGAAAAAAAGUAUUUGAUCCCCUGCUGAUUUUGUACGUUUGCCCACUGACAAAGACAUGAUCAGUCUAUAAUUUUAAUGGUAGGUUUAUUUGAACAGCGAGAGACAGAAUAACAACAAAAAAAUCAAGAAAAACGCAUGUCAAAAAUGUUAUAAAUUGAUUUGCAUUUUAAUGAGGGAAAUAAGUAUUUGACUCCCCUCUAUAUCAGAAAGAUUUCUGGCUCCCAGGUGUCUUUUAUACAGGUAACGAGCUGAGAUUAGGAGCACACUCUUAAAGGGAGUGCUCCUAAUCUCAGCUUGUUACCUGUAUAAAGGACACCUGUCCACAGAAGCAAUCAAUCAAUCAGAUUCCAAACCCUCCACCAUGGCCAAGACCAAAGAGCUCUUCAUGGAUGUCAGGGACAAGAUUGUAGACCUACAAAAGGCUGGAAUGGGCUACAAGACCAUCGCCAAGCAGCUUGGUGAGAAAGGUGACAACAGUUGGUGCGAUUAUUCGCAAAUGGAAGAAAACACAAAAUAACUGUCAAUCUCCCUCGGCCUGGGGCUUCAUGCAAGAUCUCACCUCGUGGAGUUGCAAUGAUCAUGAGAACGGUGAGGAAUCAGCCCAGAACUACACGGGAUGAUCUUGUCAAUGAUCUCAAGGCAGCUGGGACCAUAGUCACCAAGAAAACAAUUGGUAACACACUACGCCAUGAAGGACUGAAAUCCUGCAGCGCCCGCAAGGUCCCCAUGCUCAAGAAAGCACAUAUACAGGCCAGUCUGAAGUUUGCCAAUGAACAUCUGAAUGAUUCAGAGGAGAACUGAGUGAAAAUGUUGUGGUCAGAUGAGACCAAAAUCGAGCUCUUUGGCAUCAACUCAACUCGCCGUGUUUGGAGGAGGAGGAAUGCUGCCUAUGACCCCAAGAACACCAUCCCCACUGUCAAACAUGGAGGUGGAAACAUUAUGCUUUGGGGGUGUUUUUCUGCUAAGGGGACAGGACAACUUCACCGCAUCAAAGGGACGAUGGACGGGGCCAUGUACUGUCAAAUCCUGGGUGAGAACCUCCUUCCCUCAGCCAGGGCAUUGAAAAUGGGUUGUGGAUGGGUAUUCCAGCAUGACAAUGACCCAAAACACACGGCCAAGGCAACAAAGGAGUGGCUCAAGAAGAAGCACAUUAAAGUCCUGGAGUGGCCUAGCCAGUCUCCAGACCUUAAUCCCAUAGAAAAUCUGUGGAGGGAGCUGAAGGUUCAAUUUGCCAAAAGUCAGCCUCGAAACCUUAAUGACUUGGAGAAGAUCUGCAAAGAGGAGUGGAACAAAAUCCCUCCUGAGAUGUGUGAAAACCUGGUGGCCAACUACAAGAAACGUCUGACCUCUGUGAUUGCCAACAAGGGUUUUGCCACCAAGUACUAAGUCAUGUUUUGCAGAGGGGUCAAAUACUUAUUUCCCUCAUUAAAAUGCAUAUCAAUUUAUAACAUUUUUGACAUUGCUUUUUUCUGGAUUUUGUUGUUGUUAUUCUGUCUCUCACUGUUCAAAUAAACCUACCAUUAAAAUUAUAGACUGAUCAUGUCUUUGUCAGUGGGCAAACGUACAAAAUCAGCAGGGGAUCAAAUACUUAUUUCCCUCACUGUAUCUAACCACUAUCAUAAUCGCCAGAUUUAGACUGAUGGCUAUGUUGCCAUUAUCUAGCAACUAUCACCAUAAGUUCUAUAAACUCAGAACCAGUGAAUAAACAAAUUGUUAACGCUCCGGUUUAUGUUUACAGCUAACAUUUAUAUACAGGCUUUGACAGAACUUUCAGUGUCGUGCCAGCUAGAGAUACAUAUAGCGAGCUAAUAUUAGGUCGCUAUAACGAAGUUAGCUAGGCUACAUAACGUUACAUAGCGUUCAAACACUUCACGGGGCAGGGAUGGUUGAACUUAGUUUUCCGAACUGAAAUCUUCUUUGUCGCUAGAAGCCAAUGGCUCAAACAUAUAUGGUUGGAUCUGUUGGAAUUCGCUCUCCAGAUUUUCCAAGGGAAGCGAAUCUCCCUCGAGGAUGUCAUCAGACACAAAGCUACUCUCGCUGUCAGAGACCACUGUGUAGCCCCUUGUUCCAAGGCUGAUAUGUGUUUGUUGUUGACAAAACUAGUAUAAGCACAGAUAGAACAAUGAGCCAGAUAUUUCACAGGCUGUAUAAAUGUGAAGCAUCCGGUUGGCGUUCCACUCUACCAAAUAUGGUGAUGAGAGGAAGCCCAGUGGCCGGCAGUGGGAGAAGAUGGAGCCAGAUAGAUUUUGUCCGGAAUUCUGCUCAUUUUCUCAUCGAUUAAACAUGUGAUCUCAUUUUUCUGUUUCCAAAACUGUAAUCUGUAAGAAACGGAGUGGACUGUGUUUUGUAGACUUUACCCUUUGCUAAAGUAAAACAAAAAAUGUUGUUUAGAAGGAAUGCAAGGGCAAAUUGAGAUAUUGCACAUGUGCACUUCACAUAGUAGGCGUUCCCUAACGGAAAUAUGCAAAUAAAUGUAGAAAGUUAUGCCCACUAUGAUUAAUUUGCUCCAAUUGGAAACGACAGGCUGUGCUCUAUCUUGGGUUAGUUAUAAAAAUCUUUGGUAUAAGCCAGGACACCUACAUGCCCACCUGUGCAACAUAAUACCUGCCCUUCGACCUUAUGCCUGCCGACAUGUGAUGGUGCAAGUAAAUUACGUGAUAAACAAGGUGAAAAUGAGGCUUGAGGCUGUCUAUGUUGUUAUCUGACUAGUUAUAAAAUCUGUUGAUGUCUAAAGGGAUCUGUAAGAUACGGCCAUUCGUUGUUGUAUUUGCUUUGCGAAGGUGUUUUAUGAUUCUCCCUGUGUGGAGGGUGGCUUUACUAAAUCACAUGAUUUAUUGACCCUGCGAUGACACCCCCCUCCACUGCCACCAUUCUUAUUUUUUCUCUUCCUUCUCUCUCUCUCCAUUUAUCUCUCUCCAUCCCUCUCUCGCUGGGUGGCAGGCACCUUAAUCCAGUGAGACAGACCUGCUGAUGCAUGAGGACAGGAGGGAGGGAGGGAUGUAGGAGUUAGAGAGAAACAGAGAGAGAGAGAGAAAGAGAGGGUGUAGGUGUAGGUGUAGGAAAAAGAGAGAAAACUGAGAGAAAGAGAGAGAGAGGAGGGUAAGGUAGAGUGAUGUCAGAGGAUGUAGACAUGGGCAGCCAGUCAGCUUCUAUUACCUAUGUUAUGCUGUUGUGUUCCCUGGGCAAUGGCCCUUGGCCUCCCAGCAUACACCUGUAGUACGACUGAUAGGGGCUGAGGAGCACUCACACGCACACCCUCUCCCUUGCUCCGUGGGAAGUGCAGCAGUCAGACUGUUGCAGCAGACAACACUUUCCUGCCAGGGUCACUUAUUUUUUUAUUUUUUUACAGAAAUAUAACAUUUACAUAAGUAUUCAGACCAUUUAGUACUUUGUUGAAGCACCUUUGGAAGCGAUUACAGCCUCAAGUCUUCUUGGCUAUGACGCUACAAGCUUGGCACACCUGUAUUUGGGGAGUUUCUCCCAUUCUUCUCUGCAGAUCCUCUCAAGCUCUGUCAGGUUGGAUUGGGAGCGUUGCUGCACAGCUAUUUUCAGGUCUCUCCAGAGAUGUUCGAUCAUGUUCAAGUCCGGGCUCUGGCUGGGCCACUCAAGGACAUUCAGAGACUUGUCCCGAAGCCACUCCUGCGUUGUCUUGGCUGUGUGCUUAGUGUCGUUGACCUGUUGGAAGGUGAACCUUCGCCCCAGCCUGAGGUCCUGAGUGCUCUGGAGCAGGUUUUCACCUCCCUGACCAAGACCCUUCUCCCCCGAUUGCUCAGUUUGGCCGGGCGGCCAGCUCUAGGAAGAGUCUUGGUGGUUCCAAACUUAUUCCGUUAAAUUUUUUGGUACCCUUCCCCAGAUCUGUGCCUCGACACAAUCCUGCCUCUGAGCUCUACGGACAAUUCCUUCCACCUCAUGGCAUGGUUUUUGUUCUGACAUGCACUGUCAACUGUGGGACCUUAUAUAGACAGGUGUGUGCCUUUCCAAAACAUGUCCAAGCAAUUGAAUUUACCACCGGUGGACUCCAAUCAAGUUGUAGAAACAUCUCAAGGAUGAUCAAUGGAAACAGGAUGCACCUGAGCUCAAUUUCGAAUCUCAUAGCAAAAUGUCUGAAUACUUACGUAAAUAAGGUAUUUCAGAUUUUUAUUUAAAAUAAAUGUGCAAAAAAAUAAUAAUAACUUUUUUUGCUUUGUAAUUAUGGGGUAUUGUGUGUAGAUUGCUGAGGAUUUUUUAUUUAAUCCAUUUUAGAAUAAGGCUGUAACGUAACAAAAUGUGGGAAAAGUCAAGGUGUCUGAAUACUUUCCGAAGGCACUGUAUGUGGCUUUCUUUGUUUCUAUUGUGUUUGGGAGUUUGGAUAUAUUUUGAAAAAAGGUCUCUCGAGGGAAUAGCGGCCGUUUUAUUGGCUCCUGACCAAUUACCUCGUACCCCUGCACAUCAACUCGGUACUGGUAUCCCGUGUAAAAAGCCAAGUUACCAUUACUUAUUGUGUAUUUAUUCCUCGUUUCUAUUAUUUAAAUUUUUUCUCACUGCAUUGUUGGGAAGGGCCCGUAAGUAAGCAUUUCACUGUUAGUCUACACCUGUUGUUUAUAAAGCAUGUGACAAAUAAGAUUAUAUUUGAUUUGGAAUAUUAUUUUAUUUUAUUUUAGUGUAUGCAUGUUUUUGUAAGAUACCCCCCCCCCCCCCCCCCCCCCCUUCUCAACCCCUAAUGAAUGUGAAAAAUUGGCAACAUCUAACUAAUGGUGCUGAUCUGUCCCAUCAUUUGGAAUUGAGGAACUGAGUCUUGGGUCUACACACCGAAUUGUGUGAGACAUGGACUCAUUUUGACAUUAGAUCACUGUUGAGGUUUAAAAAAUCAUUAUUAUUUAUGAUACUGGGCUUUGUUAUUUUCUAAGACACUUAUUUGUUGUUCUAAAAUGUGAGGAAUCAGUUGUUGUGAAUCGUAAUGGUUUUUCAUUUUUUUACCCGGUUACUACUUUGCUUAAUUGUCAUUGGUCAGAUCUUGUUAAUUAGUUGAGUUGCGAAAGGACAUAGUUGAGUUGGUGCUUGGCUGCAAAUGUGGCCAGUUCAUCAUUAAAUCUGCAGAACAGUAAUCUGUCUCCGUCUAGUGUUUCUACAUAGAGUCAUCCAUCCAUCUUUUGAAGAACCCCUCAAACUACAGAGCUAUGACUUUAUGCCAGUCUCUGUGCCUGUCUCUCCCUGUGUUCCAGAACACUCCAGUGGGCACCUCAGUGUACCAGGUGAAUGCCACAGACCCAGACCAAGGCACAGGGGGAAGUGUGCUCUUCUCCUUCCAGCCCCCCUCUCCCUUUUUCUCCAUCGAUGGAGCCCGUGGUACGGUCACUGUCACCAGGGCUCUGGACUACGAGUCCACCUCAGCCUACCAGCUCACUGUCAAUGCCACGGUGAGGGGACACACAAAAUACACAUAAACUUACACAAACAGUUUUUAUAAAGUAACAAGCAUUAUUUUAUAAAGUAACAAGGCAGGAUUGUGUUCAGUAGGGCAGUAGCAUAAUGUUUUUUUUUAAUGAAAAGGAGCAAGUCCAGGUAAUCCCUCCCUGUUUCAGUCUGUUUUCUUCCUAAUGUACAUGACCGUGGUGUGACCAUGCUUGUGUGUGUCUGUUAUCUCCAUCAGGACCAGGAUAAGAAGCGGCCUCUAUCCAGUCUGUCUAACUUGGCCAUCACCAUCACUGAUGUCCAGGACAUGGACCCCAUCUUCACCAACCUGCCCUACAGCACCAACAUAGAGGAGGACGCCCCACCGGUCAGUAAUCUUCCUCCUCUUAUCCUUCCUUUCUCUACUUCUUCAUCUCCUCCCCCACAUUUUCUUCUCCCCUUACAUGCCCUACUGCACCAACACAGAGGACUCCUACUUGCCGGUCAGUAACACGCUGUCUCAUCAGUUUAUACAUACUAUAUACAUUUUACGGACACAGUAUAUUCUACAUUACUUAUCUUUUGUUUGUUUUAAUCCCAUCCUUCAGCUACCCUCAACCCCUCCCAUCUAUCUCUGAACACCAUCCAGUUUUGAUUUCUAUUUUCUAUAUAUUUUUCAGCUGGGAUGUGAUGUUUCACAAAAGCUCAGAAACGAUCUAUUCUCAUAGUUUCUACAGAUUGUAAAUUAAAGAUAAUUUUUUUUGCUAAGAGUAUUAUUAUAUUAUUGAUCGAUUGACUAUGAGUUUUCAGAUCACCCAGCAGUUAGCUCCAGGUAAAUGUUGCAAUUCUUCAGCCAUUCCUUAACCUGCGACUAAAAACAAGCUACAUAUGGACAGUAUCAAAACAAAUGAUCUAACGAUUGUCUCUGAGUGUUGAAUCCGGCGUUGUCUUGUGUAUCAGUUCAUAAACCAUGUGCCAUGAAAUAGGUACAUUGAAAAUCUCUUCCCAAAUAUUUUGCAAUCUGUAUGGCACAGCUGUACAUAUUUUGGUCCUUAAAUGAAACUGGUAUACUUUUUUAUUUAUCACAAUUUUCUUUAACCAAUGUUGGUCUUUAAUGCAGGGCCGACAGACAAGUUCCUUACUUUCUCCCCCUUCCACUUGGCUCUUCCAUUUUUUUGCGGUAAUGCUGCAAUUAGUUGGUUGUAAUUUUGGAUAUAGCAGACAUUUCCAUUUAUUUUUGUUAGCUGCAUGUGUGACAUAACUCAACCAGUCCUAUUUAUGAUAUAAUUUACAAAGAUUAUACUGUUUUAAAAAUGUUUUAUCCCAAAAUAAUGAGUAUAUUUGAUAAUAAUUAGUAUAAAUAAUUAGUAUAAUUAGUAUAUAUAAAUAAAUAUAUUUGAGUUUAACCAUAAUAUUUGUUGUAAUAUUUGUUCUGUCUUUUCCGGUGGAUUAAACUGAAAUUACAACCAACUUUCUAUUGCUUGUUUUAAAAAUAGCAAUAUUUUGGAGAUUAUUUCACUUUCAAAUAACCAAAAGUGAGAGGUUGUAAUCUGAAUAAAGGGAAAAAGGCCAUUCUUGAACACGGGGUGAGCCAUUCUUGUUAAUCUGCUAGAGAACGAGUUUGGAUUUAAGUAUAGCUUUUGUAUGACUGAAGCCUUUAGUGAGAGGUCUAAUCCUUUAAUUUGUAAUCAUUUCUGCCCUCCAAAUUCAUAUUCAUUUUAUAAAUAGGCCCGUUUAAUUUUGUCUGGCUUGCCAUUCCAAAUAAAAUGGAAUAUUUUCUGCUCAUAUAAUUUAAAAAACAAGUUGUUAGGUGUAGGCAGGGCCAUAAGCAAUUAAGUAAACUGGGAUAUGACUAAAGAGUUAAUCAGGGUGAUUUUUCCACAAAUAGACAGGUAUUUUCCUUUCCACUGUAGCAAGAUCUUAUCUAUUUUUGCUAACUUUUUAUUAAAAUGUAUUGUAGUGACAACAUUUCUUUCUUUCAUGAUAUGAAUACAGAGUAUGUCCACUUUACCGUCACACCAUUUUAUUGGUAAACUACACGGUAAUGUAAAAGUUGUAUUUUUUAGUGAUCCAAUACGUAAUAUAGUACACUUAUCAUAAUUUGGUUGUAAUCAUUAUUUACAUAAGUAUUCAGACCCUUUGCUAUGAGACUCAAAAUUGAGCUCAGGUGCAUCCUGAUUCAAUUGAUCAUCCUUGAGAUGUUUCUAUAACUUGAUUGGUGUCCACCUGUGGUAAAUUCAAAUUAUUUGACAUGAUUUGGAAAGGCACACAGUCUAUAUAAGGUCCCACAGUUGACAGUGCAUAUCAGAGCAACAACCAAGCCAUGAGGUCGAAGGACUUGUCUGUAGAGCUCCGAGACAGGACUGUGUUGAGGGACAGAUCUGGGGAAGGGUACCAAAAAAUGUAUGCAGCAUUGAAGGUCCCCAAGAACACAGUGGCCUCCAUCAUUCUUAAAUGGAAGAAGUCUGGAACCCAAGACGCUUCCUAGAGCUGGCUGCCCGGCCAAACUGAGCAAUUGGGGGAGAAGUGGCUUGGUCAGGGAGGUGACCAAGAAGCCGAUGGUCACUCUGACAGAGCUCAGAGUUCCUCUGUGGAGAUGGAAGAACCUUCCAGAAGGACAACCAUCUCUGCAGCACUCCACCAAUCAGGCCUUUAUGGUAGAGUGACCAGACCAAAGCCACUCCUCAGUAAAAGGCACAUGACAGCCCACUUGGAGUUUGCCAAAAGGCACCUUAAGACUCUCAGACAAUGAUAAACAAGAUGCUCUGGUCUGAUGAAACCAAGAUUGAACUUUUUGACCUGAAUGCCAAGCUUCACGUCUGGAGGAAACCCGGCACCAUCCCUAACGUGAAGCAUGGUGCUGGCAGCAUCAUGCUGUGGUGAUGUUUUUCAGCAGCAGGGACUGGAAGAUUAGUCAGGAUCGAGGGAAAGAUGAACGGAGCAAAGUACAGAGAGAAUCUUGAUGAAACCUACUCCAGAGCGCUCAGGACCUCCGACUGGGGUGAAGGUUCACCUUCCAACAGGACAACGACCCUAAGCACACAGCCAAGACAACGCAGGAGUGGCUUCAGGACAAGUCUCUGAAUGUCCUUGAAUGGACCAGCCAAACCCUAACUUGAACCCGAUUGAACAUCUCUGGAGAGACCUGAAAAUAUCUGUGCAGCAACACUCCCAAUCCAACCUGACAGAGCUUGAGAGGAUCUUCAGAGAAGAAUGGGAGAAACUUCCCAAAUACAGGUGUGCCAAGCUUGUAGUGUCAUACCCAAGAAGACUUGAGGCUGUAAUAGCUGCCAAUGGUGCUUCAACAUAGUACUGAGUACAGGGUCUGAAUACUUAUGUAAAUGUGAAAUUUUUUAUAUAUAUUUUUUAUGUCAUUAUGGGGUAUUUUGUGUAGAUUGAUGAGGGGGAAAAACAAUGUAAUCCAUUUUAGAAUAAGGCUGUAACGUAACAAAAUGUGGAAAAAGUAAAGGGGUCUGUAUACUUUCCGAAUGCACUGUAAAUUCCAGUUGUACCUUAUCAAAAGCCUUUUCAAAGUCAGCUAUAAAUUUCAUAAUGUUCGAUUGUUUCCAGUACUUGUCUAAAAUGAACUCCAAUGUAUCGUCCAUGUAAAAAACCUGUCUGAUAAGGAUGUAUAAUAUUCUACAAAACCAUUUUAAUUCUUUGCGCUAUGCAUUUUGCUAGAAUUGUUGCAUCACAACACUGAAGUGUAAGGGGCCUCAAAUUUUUUCAUGGACUAUAUCUUUAUAUUUACCACCUGGGUCCUGUUUCAGUAAUAGUGAAAUCAAACCUUCUUGUUGAGUAUAUGAUAAUCUACCAUUUUUAUAGGAGUGGGUAAAACAUGCUAAUAAUGGUCUUCUGAGUACAUCAAAAAAGGUUUGAUAUACCUCAACUGGUAUGCCAUCCAGCCCUAGAGUUUUCCCAGACUUAAAGGCUUUAAUUGCAUCAAGAAGUUCCUCCUCUGUAAUUUGGCCUUCACAUGAGUCUUUCUGUACAGCUGAUUAUUUUACAUUAUUAUAAUUUAUUUAUGUUAUUUUGUGUAAUUUUUACCCCCUUUUUCGUGAUUACGAUCUUGUCUCAUCGCUGCAACUCCCCAACUGGCUCGGGAGAGGCAAAGGUCGAGUCUUCCGUCCUCCGAAACAUGACCCACCAAAACGCGCUUCUUAACACCCGUUUGGUUAACCCAGAAGCCAGCUGCACCAAUGUGUCGGAGGAAACACCGUUCAACUGACGACAGCCUGUAGGCGCUCGCCACAAGGAGUCGCUAGAGUGCGAUGAGCCAAGUAAAGACAAACCCUCUCCUAUCCUGGACGACGCCGAGCCAAUUGUGCGCCGCCCAAUGGGAAUCCCGGUCACGGCCGGUAAUGACACAGCCUGGGAUCGAACCCCAGACUGUAGUGACGCCGCAACACUGUGAUGCAGUGCCUUAGACGGCUGUGCCACUCGGGAGGCUAAUUUUACAUUAUUAAUAGAAAAAAAAAAAUGUGUGUGUGUGUAUAUGUCUCUCUGUGUUUCUGGAGAUGGAGGAAACUGAAACAAAAACACAUGCUUAAAGUACUUUGCUUCCUCUUUCAAAUAGUGUUUGGUGAAUCAUGGUAUGUAUGUAUGGUUUCCCCCAUAUUCCAUCCAAUUCGCUUAAUUUCUUAUAAUAUAUUACACUUGAUCUUUCUUGAAUACGUUCCUCCAGUUUAUUUUGUUUUUCUGUCCUCUAUGGUACAGUUUUUAUUGCUACCGAUCUGUUAGUCCCUCUAUUUCCUUUGUUAAUAAUAUUAUGAACUCUUUUGACCUAAAUUGUUUUGUUUUAAAGAUGAUUUUUGAAUUGCAUGGCCUCUAAAGGCACAUUUAAAAGUGUCCCCUUUACUUUACUUUACUUUACCGCCUCUCCUUUCCCUCUCUCCUGGCCAGACUGGCUAAACUCAGUCAAUUUGGGAAAUCUCUCUCUCCGCUCUCUCUCCUCUCUCCAUGCAUCUCUCUCGUCUCUCUCUCCGCUUCCUCUCUCUCUCUCUCUCUCUCUCUCCUCGUCUCUCUCUCUCGUCUCUCUCUCUCUCUCUCUCUCUUCUCUCUCUCUCCUCUCUCUCUCUCUUCUCCAUCUCUCUCUCUCUCUCGCUCUCGGUCUCUCGUCUCUCUCUCUCUCUCCUCCCCCCCUCCCAGGUCCCCACAGAUGCAUUUGUUAAGGGGCGAACACAAUUACAGCGUUAGAUUUACAUUGUGCUUCCUCCAUUGUGAGGCCUCUAUCAAAGGUCAUCCAGGCCAGGAUUUAUCUCUGAGACCCACAGGAGAUCCGAGACACAAAUAUACUCACCGUGUCACCACCCCAUCUGCCCAGACUGCUGGGCUAGAAAGGGAGGGGCAGUGUGUGUGUCCCCUCUCUCAUUUCUAUCUCUGUCCCCUCUCUUACAGUACCCCCUCUCACUCCCUUCCUCUGUGUGUGUGUGUGUGUGUGUGUGUGUGUGUGUCUGUGUCUGUGUGUAUCCAUAUUGACUGUGCUCAUGCUGCUUAGAGUUUUACUAAAUGGGGUCUGUGUUCUAGCUCAUGUUAAUGGUUGUUCACUAAUACAUGACGUUUCUCACUCCCUCUCGCUGUCCCCUCUAUCACACCCUCUCUUACUCCCUCCCUCUGUCCCCUUUCUAAUUGCACUACCCAGUCCCUCUCUCUUACCCUCUUACUCGAACCAUCACCCUCUCUCUCUGUCCCCUCCUUCACUCCAUUCCUCCCUCUGUCCCCUUUUCUAACUGCUCUCCCCUGUUCCUCUCUCUUCUCCAUCUCCCUCUCUGUCCUCUCUCUCUGUCCUUCUCCUCCUACGUUCCCUCACCUCCUCUCUCUGUCCCCCUCUUCUGCUCUCCGUCCCGUCUCUCACUCCCUCUCUCAUUCCCUCCCUCAUUCCCUCUCCUCCCUUACUCUCUCCCUCCCUCUCUCUGUCCCCCCGCUAACUGAACUAUCCUGUCCCUCUCUCUUACCCUCUCUUACUCCACCACUCUCUGUCCCCUUCCCUCACUCCUUAUAUUUUACUCCCCCCUCUCUUGCCCUUCUUCCCAUCUCCCUCACUCCCUCUCUCUGUCCCCUUUCCAACUGCCCUACCCCAUCCCUCUCACUAUCCCCCUCUCCCCCCUCUCUCCCUCUCUCUGCCCAUUCACUCCCUCUUUCUCUAUCCCCCUCUCCUACUCCCUCGCUCUGUACGAUCUCUGUCCCUCUCUUUGUCCCCUCCCCACACCACACGACUACAUCCCUCUCCUAGUACCCUCUAUGCGGUGCGGUAGUGAAAUGUCAAGUGCUACAUUUGCAUGCAUAUCAACGGGGUGUGACAGUGGCGACGCCUGGUGUCUCCCAGACUCACCGAUUCAUCAGCUGUCACAGCGAAGGUCAGGGGGAGAGAAAGAGAGUGGGAGGAAGAGGUAGAGGGAAGAGACGAGGGAGAGAGAGAGGAGGGAGAAAGGGAGAAAGGAGGUGGGGGAAAGAGGAGAUAGGGAGAAGGGAAGAAGAGAGGGAGGGGGAGAAAGGGAGAAAGAGGGGGAGGGAGAGAAAGGAAGAGAGAGUGGGAGAGAGAGAAGGGAAGGGAGAAGGGGGGGGCAGAGGGAAAGUGGGGCUCACAGAGUUUCUUGUCUUCAUGGAGAGCUACUGGAUGGGUUUGGCUUUUGCUCAAGCCCUACACUAACACACCUGAUUCAGCUAAUGUAGGUCCUGAGUAGCUGAUUAGUAGCUGAUUAGUAGAAUCAGGCAUGUUAGAAUAGAAUUGGAACUAAAUCCUGCACACCCAGUAGCUCUCUCACACACACACACACACACACGCACACGCACACGCACACGCACACGCACGCACACACACACACACACAGCCAUCCAACCAUCCACCCACCCACCCUUGCCCCUCUGUGGCCUGAUAGUGAUGUGAUGAACUGGAUAACAAAAGCACUUAGCUACAGUGCUGCUGAAAUACAGACAGACAUCCACUAUGCUGUACACACACUAUUCUUACACACAGUCCUGCACUAACAUCAUAUUCUAACUGGUAUCUGUCAUUUUCAGUUUGCUAGUUGUUAUUUCUGGUGGGUUUCAUAACACUGUCUUUUUAACAAUUCAAUAAUGAUGAGACGGGUGACAGUAAUCAGUUCAACAAAUUAUCUAGAACGUGCUCAUCUCAACACAUAGAACCCCCAUGAUGCUCUGUGGCACAACCCGAGUACAUCACAUCUCCUCCCUUCCUACUUUAUUUAUCCCCAUUAUGAACAACAGUCCUGAGAAGAUGACCAUGAGCCCCUAGGUGAUGACUGCUGGGCCAGGGUGUCACCCAGUAACAGUUUCGGACCACUCAAAUAAAAUAAAAUAAAAGUCACAACUGUUGAUUCUGUCAGUGUUGGUUUACUCAACAGUAACUUAUCUGUGCGCUGUCUCCAGAUGACGUCCUCUGCAGUAACAACAUAGUAGUUACAUGGGUGUUACUAUGUAAUUACAUGGUAUUAAGGUUGUAGCGCUAUCAGUUAUUACACAGUUGGAACAAGGAAUGUGUAAUUACACAUCCACUUGUUGAACGCUAUUUCACAUGUGUAAUUACUGAUGUUAUUACACAUUUUCUUGUUCCACUAUGUAAGUAAUGUUUUGUAAUUACACAUUUGAAAGUCACCUUUGAAUUACCAUGUUAAUAACUCAAACCAAAAUCUGACCUUGUGUAUGAUGUCCAUAUUAGGACGCUCUCAGUCUCAGCAAUAAUUGCAUCAUUGUCAGUAGGACUUAAGUCAUUCUCAGUAAGAGUUGAGUCGUUGUCAGUAGGAGUUGAGUCAAUCUCAGUAAUAGUUUAGUCAAGUUGCAUUAGGAGUUGAGUCAGUGUCAGUAGGAUUUAAGUCGAUCUCAGUAAGAGUUAAAUCAUUGUCAGAAGGAGUUAAGUCAAAAUCAAAUCAGAUUUUAUUUGUCACAUGCGCUGAAUACAACUACAACGGGUGUAGACGUGUGGAGGGAUGUAGACAGCCAUGAAGUCUACCAUGAAAUGCUUGUUCAAAAAAGUAUUAUAAAAAUAGAAAUAAAUAGACAGAGGUGCUAGCAAACAUUAGCUAGCUAGCUACUUAGCUACCUGAGCAGCGUGCUAAAUCAUCCAGCAUAACUUCUGCAUUCAAAAGUGAAACAAAUUGCAUAGAGAAUUUACCCUCUCUCCUCUGUCAACAUUGGUAUCUUGUGAACAACGUUUAUUUUGCGCAAUCUCUUCUGUCUGGCCUUUGCACUUUUCUCAUAGCCACGUCCAUCAUGAUUCUUCACGACACACUGUCACAUGAUGUCAGUGUCAACACAACAUUCUGGGGACGUCCCAGGUCAUCUUUAUUUCAAUAGUGUUUCACAGAUGGGCAGAUCUCACAAUAUUUCAGAAGCCAGCGAACCACACCAAUAAUAUGGCUUGAGAUCUUGAGAUGAAGCCUUCAUUCCUGGAAUAAAUAAAUGUACCAAUGCAUCAUCAGGGUUUCAAACAUGGGGCAAGACACAUCAUGGGAGUUGACCAUUGGUCUGAAAACCAACCAUUUCUGUUCCUGGGACAGAGCAACAAUGCAUCACACCCAAAAGAGAGAAAAUAACUUAUUGUUUAACUGUGCUACCAUUGAAAAUAAGGUUGCAUGAUGAUACAUAACAGUUCAAUAUUAAAUGUAUUAGUAAGUGCAUUUACAAAUGGUUAAUAGCUGGAGGUAAAUAGUGGCUCACUAUUUGGCAAGCACUGACUAAUUUGACCAAUUUGUUAAUGGUUUAUAAUACAUUUACAAAUGAUUAAAUUACUGUUAAUAACGUAAUUACAAACCCUUUAUAAACCCUUUACAAAUGGAACCUUACUGUAACGUGUUACCAGUAGGGUAGAUCUCAGAAAGAGAUGAAUCAUUGUCAGUAGGAGUUAAAUCAGUGUCAGUAGAAGUUGAGUAGAUCUCAGUAAGAGUUGAGUCAUUGUCAGUAGGAGUUGAGUCGAUCUCAGUAAGAGUUGAGUCAUUCUCAGUAGGAGUUGAGUCAGCCUCAGUAUGUGUUGCAUCAGCCUCAGUAGGAAUUUCCACAAAGACUCUCCUAGAUCCCUUUCAUUCUUUCCUCCUAUUCUAGAUCCUUUAAUUCAUCCCUUUCUUGCUUCCUUUCAUGCUUUCCUACGUCCCUUUCGUCCUAUACUAACUCUUUCCUUCCCUCCUUCUCUUCCCUCCCCUCUUUUGCUUCCCUAGCUGACUUUCUUCCUAUCAUUUCCCCUUUCCUGGCAUCCUUAACCUAAAUCCCUUUCCUUAUCUCCUUUCAUUUUCUAGCUUUUCCUUUCCUAAUUUCCUUUCCAAGCUCUUUUCCUCUUAACCUUUCUAAGCUUCCUUUAAUUAUUCAUUUCCCAGUUCCCUUUCCUCCUUUCCUAGCUUCCUAUCCUCCUUUCCUAGCUUCCUAUCCUCCUUUUCUAGCUCCCUUUCCUAAAUACCUUAGGCAAGGAGAGUUCACAUGUAUGUGGUAGCGAUUCAACAGCAUCGGUAGAUGUCAAACAGUAGUGGGCUUUAAAGCUGCAAUCAGCAGUUGAAACAAUAACAAAGUGUUUCACCACCUCGGUUUCGGUAAAAAGCUGAGGGAUGGGGCUGGAGAAAUGUUAUCACUUUCAAAUUCAUAGACAGAGCAAUAGAUGCAAGGGCUGACCACCUAUGAUAUCAAAAUGAUAGUUUUAACCAUGUUUUGAGGCUAUAUAGCAUUUGUUUACAUUUCCUUUCUUUUCAAAUAGUGGAGUAAAACAAGUUUAUAUUUUGGGUUCUGAUGGGGUAUGACAGUUGAAUUUAGCUCAUGAGGCAUUUAUAAAUUAUUUUCUUCAAGAAUCAAUAGUUAAGUAUUAUGGUGACCCUCUCUGUAUGACCCAUGUUACAAUUCCCACCAAGUGGGUUAACCCUAUUUGUGUGAUGCAUAGGGUGUUUGCCUUUAGAAUAUAUUUUAUCCAAAGUGACUUACAUUAGUGAGUACGUACAGUGCAUUCGGAAAGUAUUCAGACCCUUUUGAUUAUUCCACAUUUUGUUACGUUACAGCCUUAUUCUAAAAUGUAUUAAAUAAUAUUUUUUUCUCAUCUAUCUACACACAAUACCCCAUAAUGAUAAAGCAAAAAUAGGUUUUUAUACAUUUUUGAAAAUGUAUAAAAAAAAAAAAAAUAAUACCUUAUUUACAUAAGUAUUCAGGCACCUUGCUAUGAGACUCAAAAUUGAGCUCAGGUGCAUCCUGAGCCAUUGAUCAUCCUUGAGAUGUUUCUACAACUUGAUUGGAGUCCACCUGUGGUAAAUUCAAUUCAUAUGACAUGAUUUGGAAAGGCACACACCUGUCUAUAUAAGGUCCCACAGUUGACAGUGCAUGUCAGAGCAAAAACCAAGCCAUGAGGUGGAAGGAAUUGUCCAAAGAGCUCCGAGACAGGAUUGUGUCGAGGCACAGAUCUGGAGAAGGGUACCAAAAAAUGUCUGCAGCAUUGAAGGUCCCCAAGAACACAUUGGCUGCAAUCGGGGGGAGAAGGGCCUUGGUCAGGGAGGUGACCAAGAACCCAAUGAUCACUCUGACAGAGCUCCAGAGUUCCUCUGUGGAGAUGGGAGAACAUUCCAGAAGGACAACCAUCUCUGCAGCACUCCACCAAUCAGGCCUUUAUGGUACAGUGGCCAGACGGAAGCCACUCCUCAGUAAAAGGCAUAUGACAGCCCGCUUGGAGUUUGACAAAAGGCACCUGAAGGACUCAGACCAUAAGAAAAAAGAUUCUCUGGUCUGAUGAAACCAAGACUGAACUCCAUGGACGGAAUGCCAAGCGUCACAUCUUUGGAGGAAACCUGGCACCAUCCCUACGGUGAAGCAUGGUGGUGGCAGCAUCAUGCUGUGGGGAUGUUUAUCAGAGGCAGGGACUGGGAAAGAUGAACAUAGGGAAAGAUGAACAGAGGGAAAGAUGAACAGAGCAAAGUACAGAGAGAUCCUUGAUGAAAACCUGCUCCAGAGCGCUCAGGAACUCAGAAUGGGGCGAAGGGUCACCUUCCAACAGUACAAUGUCCCUAAGCACACAGCCAAGACAAAGCAGGAGUGGCUUCGCGACAAGUCUCUGAAUGUCCUUGAGUGGCCAAGCCAGAGCCCGGACUUGAACCCGAUCGAACAUCUCAGGAGAGACCUGAAAAUAGCUGUGCAGCGACGCUCCCAAUGCUUACUUACAAGCCCUUAACGAACAAUGCAGUUCAAUAAAUAUAGUUAAGAAAAUAUUUAUUAAAUUAAAUAAAGUAAAAAAAUUAAUAAUAAGAAGAAAGUAACACAAGAAAAUUACAUAACAAUAACGAGGCUAUAUACAGGGGGUAUCUGUACCGAGUCAAUGUGCAGGGGUACGGGUUAGUCGAGGUAAUUUGUAAAGUGACUAUGCAUAGGUAAUAAACAACGAGUAGCAGCAGUGUAAAAACAAAGGGGUCAAUGUAAAUAGUCCUGGUGGCCAUUUUAUUAAUUGUUCAGCAGUCUUAUAGCUUGGGGAUAGAAGCUGUUAAGGAGCCUUUUGGUCCUAGACUUGGCGCUCCGGUACCGCUCUAUGACUUGGGUGACUGGAGUCUUUGACAAUUUUUGGGCCUUCCUCUGACACCGCCUAGUAUAUAGGUCCUGGAUAUCAGGAAGCUUGGCCCCAGUGAUAUACUGGGCCGUAAGCACUACCCUCUGUAACGCCUUACGGUCAGAUGCCGAGCAGUUGCCAUACCAGGCGGUGAAGCAACCAAUCAGAUUGCUCUCGAUGUUGCAGCUGUAGAACCUUUUGAAGAUCUGAGGACCCAUGCCAAAUCUUUUCAGUCUACUGAGGGGGAAAAGGUGUUGUCGUGCCCUCUUCACAACUGUCUUGGUGUGUUUGGACCAUGAUAGCUCGGUGGUGAUGUGGACACCAACGAACUUGCAACUCUCAACCCGCUCCACUUCAGCCCCGUCAAUGUUAAUGGGGGCCUGUUCGGGUUUCCUUUUCCUAUAGUCUACGAUCAGCUCCUUUGUACUGCUCACAUUGAGGGAGAGGUUGUUGUCCUGGCACCACACUGCCAGGUCUCUGACCUCCUCCCUAUAGGCUGUCUCAUCGUUGUCUUGUUAACAAGCUAUAGUUUUGGCAAGUCGGUUAGGACAUCUACUUUGUGCAUGACACAAGUAAUUUUUCCAACAAUUGUUUACAGACAGAUUAUUUCACUUAUAAUUCACUGUAUCACAAUUCCAGUGGGUCAGAAGUUUACAUACACUAAGUUGACUAUGCCUUUAAACAGCCUGGAAAAUUCCAGAAAAUUAUAUCCUGGCUUUAGAAGCUUCUGAUAGACUAAUUGACAUCAUUUGAGUCAAUUGGAGGUAUACCUAUGGAUGUAUUUCAAUGCCUACCUUCAAACUCAUUGCCUCUUUGCUUUACAUCAAGGGAAAAUCAAAAGAAAUCAGCCAAGACCUCAGAAAAAAAAUUGUAGACCUCCACAAGUCUGGUUCAUCCUUGGGAGCAAUUUCAAAACUCCUGAAGGUACCACAUUCAUCUGUACAAACAAUAGUACGCAAGUAUAAACACCAUGGGACCACGCAGCCAUCAUACCGCAUAGGAAGGAGACGCGUUAUGUCUCCUAGAGAUGAACGUACUUUGGUGUGAAAAGUGCAAAUAAAUACUAGAACAACAGCAAAGGACCUUGUGAAGAUGCUGGAGGAAACAGGUACAAAAGUAUCUAUAUCCACAGUAAAACAAGUCCUAUAUCGACAUAACCUGAAAGGUCGCUCAGGAAUGAAGAAGCCACUGCUCCAAAACCGCCAUAAAAAAGCCAGACUACGGUUCGCAACUGCACAUGGGGACAAAGAUCGUACUUUUUGGAGAAAUGUCCUCUGGUCUGAUUAAACAAAAAUAGAACCGUUUGGCCAUAAUGACCAUCGUUAUGUUUGGAGGAAAAAGGGGGUCGCUUGCAAGCCGAAGAACACCAUCCCAACUGUGAAGCAUGGGGGUGGCAGCAUCAUGCUGUGGGGGUGCUUUGCUGCAGGAGGGACUGGUGGACUUCACAAAAUAGAUGGCAUCAUGUGGAUAUAUUGAAGCAACAUCUCAAGACAUCAGUCAGGAAGUUAAAGCUUGGUCGCAAAUGGGUCUUCCAAAUGGACAAUGACCCCAAGCAUGCUUCCAAAGUUGUGGCAAAAUGGCUUAAGGACAACAAAGUCAAGGUAUUGGAGUGGCCAUCACAAAGCCCUGACCUCAAUCCUAUAGAAAGUUUGUGGACAGAACUGAAAAAGCGUGUGCGAGCAAGGAGGCCUACAAACCUGACUCAGUUACACAAGCUCUGUUAGGAGGAAUGGGCCAAAAUUCACCAAACUUAUUGUGGGAAGCUUGUGGAAGGCAACCCAAAAUGUUUGAUCCAACUUAAGCAAUUUAAAGGCAAUGCUACCAAAUACCAAUUGAGUGUAUGUACACUUCUGACCCACUGUGAAUGUGAUGAAAGAAAUAAAAGUGAAAUGAAUAAUUCUCGCUACUAUUAUUCUGACAUUUCACAUUCUUAAAAUAAAGUGGUGAUCCUGAAUCCUAAAACAGGGAUUUUUUACUAGGAUUAAAUGUCAGGAAUUGUGAAAAACUGAGUUUAAAUGUAUUUGGCUAAGGUGUAUGUAAACUUCUGACUUCAACUGUAUAUUACAGCUAGAAAUCAAAACUGGAUGGUCUUCAGAGUUAGAUGGGAGGGGUUGAAGAUAGAUGAAGGCUGGGACUAAAAACAAACAAAGAUAACUAAUGUCAAAUAUACUGUUCGUGAAAUGUAUGUACUGUGGUAUGUACAGUGCAUUCGGAAAGGAUUCAGACCCCUUCACUUUUUCCACAUUUUGUUACGUUACAGCCUUAUUCUAAAAUGUAUUAAAUUGUUUUUUCCCCCUCAUCAAUCUACUCACAAUACCCCAUAAUGACGAAGCAAUAACACGUUUAAAAAAAAAAAUGUAUUACAAAUAAAAAAACGGAAAUAUCACAUUUACAUAAGUAUUCAGACCCUUUAUUCAUUACUUUGUUUACGCACCUUUGGCAGCGAUUACAGCCUUGAGUCGUCUUGGGUAUGACGCUACAAGCUUGGCACACAUGUAUUUGGGGAGUUUCUCCCAUUAAUCUCUGCAGAUCCUAUCAAGCUCUGUCAGGUUGGAUGGGGAGUGUUGCUGCACAGCUAUUUUCAGGUCUCUCCAGAGAUGUUCGAUUGGGUUCAAGUCCUGGCUCUUGCUGGGCCACUCAAUGACAUUCAGAGACUUGUCCCGAAGCGACUCCUGUGUUGUCUUUGCUGUGUGCUUAGGGUCGUUGUCUGAGGUCCUGAGCGCUCUGGAACAGGUUUUCAUCAAGGAUCUCUCUGUACUUUGCUCCGUUCAUCUUUCCCUCAAUCCUGACUAGUCUCACAGUCCCUACUGCUGAGAAACAUCCCCACAGCAUGAUGCUGCCACCCACAUGCUUCACCGUAGGGAUGGUGCCAGGUUUCCUCCAAACGUGACGCUUGGCAUUCAGGCCAAAAUAGUUCAAUCUUGGUUUCAUCAGACCAGAGAAUCUUGUUUCUCAUGGCCUGAGAGUCUUUAGGUGCCUUUUGGCAAACCCCAAGAGGGCUUUCGUGUACCUUUUAUUGAGGAGUGGCUUCCGUCUGGCCACUCUACCAUAAAGGCUAUAUUGGUGGAGUGCUGCAGAGAUGGUUGUCCUUCUGGAAGGUUCUCCUAUUUCCACAGAGGAACUCUGGAGCUCUAUCAGAGUGACCAUUGGGUCACCUCCCUGACCAAGACCCUUCUCCCCCGAUUGCUCAGUUUGGCCAGGCGGCCAGCUCUAGGAAAAGUCUUGGUGGUUCCAAACUUCUUCCAUUUAAGAAUGAUGGAGGCCACUGUUUUCUUGGGGACCUUCAAUGCUGCAGAAAUGUGUUUGUACCCUUCCCCAGACCUGUGCCUCGACACAAUCCUGUCUCGGAGCUCUACAGACAAUUCCUUCCACCUCAUGGCUUGGUUUUUGCUCUGACAUGCACUGUCAACUGUGCGACCUUAUAUAGACAGGUGUGUGCCUUUCCAAAUCAUGUCCAAUCAAUUGAAUAUACCACAGGUGGACUCCAAUCAAGUUGUAGAAACAUCUCAAGGAUGAUCAAUGGAAACAGGAUGCACAUGAUCUCAAUUUCGAGUCUCAUAGCAAAGGGUCUGAAUAUUUAUGUAAAAAGGUAUUUCUGUUUUUUAUUUAAAUACAUUGGUAAAAAAAUCUAAAAACCUAUUUUCGCUUUGUCAUUAUGGGGUAUUGUGUGUAGAUUGAUGUGAUUUAUUAUUAUUUUUUAAUCCAUUUUAGAAUAGGGCUGUAACGUAAGAAAAUGUGGAAAAAGUCACUGAAUAAGCUGGAAGUGGAAGCCUAAGUAUUGUUGUCCAUUAGUUUACUCCAAUAAGGGGGAGGGGUGGUAGGGUUAGGGGAAAUUAGGUAGGCUUGGCAGAGGUCAAUUCUGCAGAACUUUUGGUCCCCAGCUAGGCCUGCGAUAAGGUUGUCUGUGUUUUAGCGGAUACUGCUCAGCGGACAAUACAGGGUUAACUGUGACUUUAAAGUCUCCACAUAUCCUGAUUCCACCAUCCUUCCACCAUCCUUCUUAAGGAAUGGUAUGAUGGGUGUCGCCCAUUCACUCACGCUGACCAGCUCCAGUACUUUGUUCUUGACUAAAGCGUCCAAGUCAGCCUCAACUUUUGGUGUGAUAGCAUAAGGUAUAGGUUGUGCUUUCAGAAACAUAUAAUGCUAAGCUUCGCUAUAAUGUAUUUCAUGCUACCCAGCUCUCCAUUAAAGACUUCUCCAUGUUUCUUUAAGAUGACGGGCAGGCCUGUGUCUCCAUGUAUCAUUCUACUCAUUGAAGGCCAGUCCGGUGUGAUUUUCUCUAGCCACGAAUGUCCCAGUAGUGACAUUUUAUUUAUCCUUUUAUUACGUAUUAUUACGUAGAGUGGCAGCUUUUCAGUUUGUCGAUUUAACUGAACUGUGACCUCAGUGAUGCCUACAUCUUAUUACCUGGCCUCUCUGGCUGUAGAUGGGUGCAUAGUAAAUUAAAUGUAUUUGGCCUCAUUACACAAAAAAAUAUAGGCAGGCUCGUUCGAUGUGACCCUUUUUACUCAACUGCUGAGCUUCUUUAUUAGCUAGUUCCAUGGACACACUGACUUCAAUAGCCCUUGCCAAGGUCAGAUUACUUUCAGUCAAGUCUCUUUUUUGUAGCUUCACUCCAUAGCCCACAUACUAGACUACCUCUUAAGGAUCGCACCCUUUUUUCAAUGUUCACCUAAAAUGACAUACCCAAAUCUAACUGACUGUAGCUCAGGACCUGAAGUAAGGAUAUGCAUAUUCUUGAUACCAUUUGAAAGAAAACACUUUUAAGUUUGUGGAAAUGUGAAAUUAAUGUAGGAGAAUAUAACACAUUAGAUCUGGUAAAUGAUAAUGCAAACAAAAAAACAUUUUUUUAUCAUCUUUGAAAUGCAAGAGAAAGGCCACAAUAUAAUAUUGCAGAUUAGGCGCAAUUUAGAUUUUGCAGUGUGUGCAAAGUUUCAGAUUGAUCCAGUGAAGCAUCGCAAUACUGGACUAUUUUGUAUCAAGUCUGCCCAAAUGUGCCGAAUUGGUCAAUUGAUAUAUUUUCAAGUACAUAACUAUAGAGAACAAUGAUAUGGUAAUACAAAAUGUAAGUUUACACACUCCCAGGAAUGUCAUACAUGAUGGAUCAUUAGCUUAUACACUAAGUUUCACACAUCUAGAUGGCCGGGCGGGGUGGGUGUGGAGCCAGAGACAGCAGGGGUUCAAACUGUAGAACUCAGUUCCUACAUCUGAAUAUAAAAAUGGAUUUUAUCAAACAAAAUUAUGCUACAUUCUAUCUCUGGGACCCUUAGGAUGACAAAUCAGAGCAAGAUUACUGAAUGUAAGUACAGUAUUUACUUUCAGAGGUGAAUGUGUCAAACCAGUUGCCGUGAUAAGAUUUUUGUUGUUGUGCACUCUCCUCAAACAAUAGCAUGGUAUUCUUUCACUGUAAUAGCUACUGUAAUUUGGACAGUGCAGUUAGAUUAACAAGAAUUUAAGCUUUCUACCCAUAUAAGACAUGUCUAUAUCCUGGAAAGUUCCAUGAUCUCGCCAUCACGGUUGACAACUCUGUUGUGUCCUCCUCCCAGAGUGCAAAGAGCCUUGGCGUGACCCUGGACAACACCCUGUCGUUCUCCGCUAACAUCAAGAGAGUGACCCGAUCCUGUAGGUUCAUGCUCUACAACAUUUGGAGAGUACGACCCUGCCUUACACAGGAAGCUGCACAGGUCCUAAUCCAGGCACUUGUCAUCUCCCGUCUGGAUUACUGCAACUCGCUGUUGGCUGGGCUCCCUGCCUGUGCCAUUAAACCCCUACAACUCAUCCAGAAUGCCGCAGCCCGUCUGGUGUUCAACCUUCCCAAGUUCUCUCACGUACCCCGCUCCUCUGCACACUCCACUGGCUUCCAGUUGAAGCUCCGAUCUGCUACAAGACCAUGGUGCUUGCCUACGGAGCUGUGAGGGGAACGGCACCUCCGUACCUUCAGGCUCUGAUCAGUCCCUACACCCAAACGAGGACAUUGCGUUCAUCCACCUCUGGCCUGCUGGCCCCCCUACCUCUGCGGAAGCACAGUUCCCGCUCAGCCCAGUCAAAACUGUUCACUGCUCUGGCACCCCAAUGGUGGAAGAAGCUCCCUCACGACGCCAGGACAGCGGAGUCACUCACCACCUUCCGGAGACACUUGAAACAGCACCUCUUAAAGGAAUACCUGGGAUAGGUUAAAGUAAUCCUUCUACCCCCCCUUACCCCACCCCCCAAAUUUUUUUUUUCGUAAAGUGGUUAUCCCACUGGCUAUAAGGUGAAUGCACCAAUUUGUAAGUCGCUCUGGAUAAGAGCAUCUGCUAAAUGAUGUAAAUGUAAAUGUAAUUCUGUAUGUGAGCUCCACUGCUCAAGACUUUCAUCAAACUGUCCAAUGUUUGAAAAAUUCCAACCAUUUUAAGUUUCUCAAUAAGCUCCUGAUUCUCACUCUCAAUAUUGUUCUCAACCACGGCAACGUUAUGUUCUGCGACUAUAAUAUUUUCCUCAAUCAUGUGAUCUUCAUUCACUUCACUCACUGGCGUUUCAUCUUCAAGUUUUUAAUUCCAAAGUUCGUCUUCACAGUUGAAUAAAUGUCGUUUCCUUUCCUCUUCCUUUACUCCUCCCUUUUUUAUCACAUUGUUUUCCCGCUCCAAAGUCUGUCUCAAAUCCUUUUCUGCAGUCCAUGACGAUGCUAACUCUCCAUCUUAGCUAGCUCGACUAUGCACUUGCCUCUGCUAGCAAUACACUGUGCUAACAUUAGCCUAGACUGUACCAAGGAAAAUAACAGUUUUAAACUUAAAAAUAAAAUCUACUUCUUCCAGACAGAAUAGUUACCGAAGGUUCAGUCUUACUCGUCGCCAAUCUUUUGUUAUGUCUCUUAGGUUUCAUAACCACGUCUUAUAACAAUUCAAUAAUGAUGAGACGGGAGACAGCAAUCAGUUCAACCAUUCAUCUAGAACAUGCUCAUCUCAACGCAUAGAACCCCCACAACCCCAAUACACCACACUAGUGUUUGCCUGUGAUAAGCCUUGGGGCUAGAUUGCCUGAGUGGGUGUCAACUGUCCUCAAGGCCGCUGACAUUUACUCAUCAACGGAUAUCAAACACAUAGCCCUGUCGUAGGUCAUUUCUCAAACGCCAUCUUUCAUUCUUUCUUUCUUUCUUUCUUUCUUUCUUUCUUUCUUUCUUUCUUUCUUUCUUUCUUUCUUUCUUUCUUUCUUUCUUUCUUUCUUUCUUUCUUUCUUUCUUUCUUUCUUCUUUCCAUCCCUCUCAUGUUCUCUUUCUUUCUCUCUCCCUGUCUCUUUCUCCUGCUCCCUUUAUCCCUCUCCUUCCCUCUUUCUCCAUCCCUCCCUGUCUCUCUCUCUCUUUCCCUCUAUCUCUUUCUGUCUCUCUGUUUCCGCUAACCAACCUGCCAUCUGUACAAAACUUUGAUGAUGGGUUGAGAGAGAAAAGGCUUUGUCAAAGAACAGGGCCAGAGUUUUGGGCUGUUGUUUUGGAUUUGUGUUGUCAGAAAUGACAUUUAAACCCUUUCUGGGACAAACACAAUUUGGCUGUCAAACUGCUGAGCUGAAAUGGUAGAAGGAAAAAAAGGAGGAGGAUGGGGGCGGUGGGUAGUAUUGUACAGGGAUAAGGGAUGAAGACACAGAGGAGAGGGGGAAUAUAUUUGAACUGAGAGUGAGGGAGUAAUGGAGAGAGAGGGAAAGAGGGAGGAGGGUGAGGGGUGGGGGGUUUAAAUGCCGGUUGAUUGAACAUAUUCCACUUGUGUGGACAGCAGGAGAAUAUUGCUCAUAUUUUUUCAGCUCUCCCUCCCUCUCUCUCUCUCCCUGUCUCUACCCCCCCCCCCCCCAUCUCCCUCUCUCCCCGCUCCCUCUCUCUCCCCUGCCUCUCUCUCUGUCUCUCUGGUAGUGAUCACUCCCCUCUACAAGACCUGUAAUUGAUUCUGCUGUAAUUGGUCAAUGACAGGAGAUGCUUUGGCAGAAGUGCAGCAUAAACACGCCUCAGACACAAUUUGCGGGAUCAAUGGGAGGUAGAUAGGAAAGGAGGGAGGGAGAGAGGGAUGGAGACAGGAGAGGGAGGGGGUGUUCUCUGGUCAGCUUGGAAGAGGUAGCGAGAGAGAGGGAUGGAGAGAAAGAGAGGUUUCUAAGCACCGCCACUGUGUCUGAUUGAGGCGCGGAGGCCGAGAAAGCUCCGCGGAUCAAAGACUUUUCAAAUAGCUUUUUUUCCUGAACCCUCUCUCUUUAUCGUUCUCUAAGUUUUUUUCACGAGUUGCAGCCUUAUCUGCUCAGCUGGAGAGUUUUGAAACAAUAGGAGAGAAAUAA